AUGGGCUCCAUCCUGAUCCACCACGUGUCGGAUCAUCUCGACAGCCAGCACGGUCCACCACCUUACCCGGACACCAUGUUGGGGGCGACGCUGAACCAGGAGGGCUAUGCGCGCGCGUCCCACGACGGCCGCUCCAGAUCCUCGUCCGCCAACACGACCCCCACCUCUACCACCGCCCCGCCAACCGUAGGCUCUGUUCGGCUUCCCGCGCAUGCAAACGACCUCCCCGCCUACCUCAAUUCCCACCCCCCUUCGCACUCUUCCAGUACCCCCUCCGAACCCCCCUUCCAAGCGCCGCCCUCUUCGAUGACCUCGCACUCCAACUAUGGCAUUCCACCCUCCGAUCACCCGUCCUACUCCAAUGCCCAGACGCCCCAAUAUCCCUCCUACCCUCAGCACCCUUCGAGUGGCCACCACCCCGCGGCCACUCCAGCCGCUGCUGCCAGAGCCGAUUCAAUGAGGUCGGAUGCGCAUCCUGCCAGGCAGACCUUGCCGGAGUCCCCCCGCCUGCAACCCACCUUCCGAUCGAUGCAGUCGCUUGGUGGCUCCGAGGCGAAUUCGCCGAGCCGCAUUAGGGUCCAAAGCUUGUCGCACAUCCAGAGCCUGGCCAACGAUGUUUUUCUGACCCAUCGCCCCGGAGGCCCUGCCCAUGUCUCGUCCCAACGACAAUUCGAAAUCAGCUCCAUGCCAGUCACCGACAUCAUCGAGAUGGUGGCCGGCCUCCUCACCAAGAUCACCACCACCAACGACAUGCACCAUGAACAGGUGCAUCGCCACAUCCCUCCCCCCGACGGAACCAGCACCCUCAGCCCGCAGGCGAGCAGUGUGCUGGCCUUCCAUGGCAAGAAUGUACCCAGCAUCACCAUUCUCAGCUAUCUCACUCGUAUCCAUAAAUAUUGCCCCACCACCUACGAGGUUUUCCUAAGCCUGUUGGUCUAUUUCGACCGCAUGACCGAGCUAGUCAACCAAGGCCCUCUUGACCGAUCUCCCCCGCGCUCGGAUUCGACUCCGCCCUCCGCAGACGCCAGCGGGACACACACCCCCGAACCGCCAGCGAGCCGGCAUCCGGCAGAUGCGUCGAUGGUGACCCCGCCUUCCUCGACGGGGAUGACGGCCCAAGAUCCCAAGAGCCCUCAUGCGUCCAUCUCUCCUGCGCUUUAUCCCCAAGGGGAGGAUGAGAACCUAUCGCACUUUUUCGUUGUCGAUAGUUUCAAUAUCCAUCGCCUGGUUAUCGCGGGCGUAACGUGCGCCAGUAAAUUCUUCUCCGAUGUCUUUUAUACCAAUUCGCGAUACGCCAAGGUUGGGGGGUUGCCACUCGUGGAACUCAAUCAUCUUGAGCUCCAAUUCCUCUUACUUAAUGACUUUCGCCUGGCGAUCCCUGUUGAAGAACUCGAAGCCUACGGCACCAUGCUCGUGGAAUUCUAUGCCCGUGAGGUUGUUGCCCAGCAGCAGCAGCAACAACAACAACAACAGCAUCAACCCCAAACUUCCGUCCCUCGGGCCAUCAACUCUGUCUCGGAUUCGGCCCCCGAUGCCAUGUACAUGCGGUCCCGCGAUAAGGGCCCGGGUCGGGAUGGGCUCGGCCAGAAUCCCACUCCGCCCUAG